AGGGAGAGAGAGAGAGAGGGAGAGAGACAGGGAUUGGGACCGAGGGAGCGAAGGAGGGAGCGAGAGAAGCUAAACAGGUGGUCAGAAAACACACAGAAAACAAUGUCGUCCGGCGGGGAGAAGCGGAAAGACCUUUAGUCCUCGCUCCUGCUCGGGAACACGGGGACAGCCGCGGAGCCCAACUAACAAACACACAAACAACCCAUGCCCCUUCUUUAUUUUCACACGGAUUCCUCCUCCUCCUCCUCCUCCUCUCGGUUUUACUCUGAAUCUGGGCAACAUCUCGGGAUACUAAAACCAUGAAAGUGACGGUGUGUUUUGGCAGGACCCGGGUGGUGGUGCCGUGCGGGGACGGGAAUAUUAAAGUCCACUCGCUCAUCCAGCAGGCUGUCAUGAGAUACAAGAAGGCGAUAGCCAAGGAUGCCAGCUAUUGGCUGCAGGUCCACCGGUUGGAGCACGGUGACGGCGGCAUCCUCGACCUGGAUGACGUACUCUGCGACGUGGCUGAUGACAAAGACAGGUUAAUAGCUGUGUAUGACGAACAGGAGCCCCAUCAUGGAGGCGAUGGUACCAGUGCCAGCUCCACAGGGACCCAGAGCCCCGACCUGUUCGCUGCGGACCUCAGUGCUGGAAGCGGAGCCUCGGCCUUCCAACCCUACCAGAACGCCAGUGAGAUCGAGGUCACGCCCUCUGCCCUGCGCACCAAUAUGCCCCUCCAUGUCCGGCGCAGCAGCGACCCCGCCCUGCUGACAAUCAACGGGCCGUUUAGCGCCGGCGACGCACGGGUCCAAAUGGAAGAGCCGCCAUCGAGGAAGAACCCAACCCGCUGGUCCACCACCGCUGGCUUCCUGAAAGCUCGCCACUCCUCUGGCACAAACAGCCUCGAGAGGAAGGAUGAAGAGGCCAGAGAAGAAGAAAACGGCAGGAUUGAGCCGGUUGGUCGCGCUGACUCCUGCAUGGACCACACCCCUGUGAGGUCAUUAGAAGACAUAGUCAAACUGGUGGAGGUGUCAAACGACGGCGGGCCCCUGGGAAUCCACGUGGUGCCUUUCAGUGGCAGGGACCGCAGGACUCUUGGCUUGUUGGUCAAGCGUCUGGAGAGGGGAGGCAAGGCCGAGCAGCAGAGCCUCUUCCAGGAGAACGACUGUAUCGUCCGUAUCAAUAACGGGGACCUGAGAAACAUCCGCUUUGAACAAGCCCAGAACAUGUUCCGUCAGGCCAUGUGCUCUCCUGUCAUCAUGUUCCACGUGGUGCCGUCAUCGAUGAAGGCCCACUACGAGCAGCUGUCCCAUGCUGAGAGGAACCCGGCAUACGCCUCGGGCCGCUUCAGCCCCGACUCCCUGACCGGCAGCACCGUCUCCGGCAUUGACCACACCCCGCAGAGGAUGUCCCGACACGGUUCUCAAAGUCACCCACACUCCCAUCCGCAUCCGCAUUCCCAUUCCCAUUCCCAUACUCACCCAGACCCGACUGACGGCUACACCCCUCUAGCUCACCCAGCGGUCUCUGCAGCCAAGCCUCCAACAGGACACACCCACUCGCCUCAGAGGGGGGUAAACUCCACGCCGACAGCAGGAUUUACCAAAAAGGUCGGGAGAAGGCUCAACAUCCAGCUAAAGAAAGGUCCUGAGGGCCUCGGCUUCAGCAUAACGUCACGGGACGUUCCCAUCGGCGGCUCAGCACCCAUCUACGUGAAGAACAUUCUGCCUCGGGGAGCAGCCAUCCAAGAUGGCCGUCUCAAGGCUGGAGACAGGUUGCUGGAGGUGAAUAGUGUGGACCUGAACGGGCGGACCCAGGAGGAGGUGGUGUCUCUGCUCAGGGCCACACCCAUGGGCGGGGCAGUGGGGCUGCUGGUUCUACGGCAGGAGGACACUUUCCUCCCCAGAGAAGUGAAUGCUGAGCCCCAGACGCAAUGCCCCAGAGAUUUGCAUCCAAGGCAGCCCGUGACAACCGGGAAACCCCAUUGGCUGAUUGAGAAGACUGAGGAGGACGAUCUGGUCCUCACUCCAGAUGGGACCAGAGAGUUCCUGACCUUUGAGAUCCCCCUCAGUGACUCGGGUUCGGCUGGGUUGGGUGUCAGCGUCAAAGGCAAUCGCUCCAAGGAGAACCACGCUGACCUGGGCAUCUUCGUCAAAUCGAUCAUUAAUGGAGGGGCGGCCUGCAAGGACGGGCGGCUUCGAGUGAACGACCAGUUGAUUGCUGUCAAUGGAGAGUCCCUGUUGGGCAAAACCAACCAGGACGCCAUGGAGACGCUACGCAAGUCCAUGUCAACAGAAGGAAACAAACGUGGGAUGAUCCAGCUGAUUGUGGCCAGACGAGUGGCCAAAAGAAAUGAGGAGGCACCUGGGAGCCCACUGGGACCUCAGCAGACUAUGAACACCUCUCUGGACGACCACGAGCGCCGAAUCUCCCACUCCUUGUACGGUGGCCUGGAGGGCCUUGAUGACAACUUGAUGCCACGACAAGGCAUGAUGCCACGCACAAUAGGAAACUAUCAGCUCUCACCGACCGUCAACAUGCCGCAGGAUGACACUGUGAUCAUAGAGGACGACCGGCCGCCCCUCCUCCCUCCCCACCUCUCUGACCAGUCAUCUUCCAGCUCCCACGACGAUGUGGCCUUCACCGCUGACAUGACGCCGCCGUGGGCCAAAGAGCUGCCCACUCAGAAAGACAACUCCGUGAGUCCAGACGAAAAUAAUCCGGACGAUGCUUUCCAAAGGGAAGGAUUCGGACGCCAAAGCAUGUCAGAGAAACGCACCAAGCAGUUUGGAGAUGCCACUCAGCUCGAGAUCAUCAAGACACGCAAGUCCAAGAGCAUGGAUCUAGUAGCCGACGAGAUUAACCUCACCCCUCGUCCCGAGAUCAACACAGGUUCUUCCACAAAGGAUGUGGGACCAUCACUAGGCUUAAAGAAGUCCAGCUCUCUCGAGAGCCUCCAGACUGCUGUUGCCGAGGUCACCCUCAACGGUGACCUCCCUUUCCACAGGCCACGCCCCCGUAUCAUCAGGGGGCGGGGCUGCAACGAGAGCUUCCGAGCAGCCAUCGACAAAUCCUACGACCGACCAGCUGCAACAGAGGAAGACGAUGAGGGCAUGGAGACAUUGGAGGAGGACACAGAGGAGAGUUCACGAUCAGGGAGAGACUCUGUGUCCACGGUGGCCGACCAGACCCCGCUGUCCGGCUCUGAAAAACCCCUGGUCAACGGCACUAACCGCACUAAAGAGGAGAAGAAGAAAGACAAAGAAAAGGGAGGGAAGGAGAAGAAGAAGCAGGACGGAGGGAAGGACAAGGACAAGGACAAGGGAAAAGCCAAGAAGGGCAUGCUGAAAGGACUCGGGGACAUGUUCAGGUUUGGGAAGCACCGUAAGGAUGAGCGGCCGGGGGAAAAGAUGGAUCGUAAAGGCUCCAGCAAGUGGAGGCUAGACGAAACGCAGGUUUCAGAGGAGGAGACGAUGAAGAUGAGGAUGGAGCAGGAGAGAAUCCAGGCCAAGACCAGGGAGCUGAGGGAGCGUCAGGCCAGGGAACGGGACUAUGCCGAAAUCCUUGACAUCAACCGCACGCCGGAGAGGUCCUCCGAGGAGGAGCACCCGUACGCAGGCAUCAACCCGCUAAACAGCUCUGUGGACAGCGGGCACAGCCGGCCCCACAGCCCCCGAGACGAUUACCCCCACAUCCAUCCACACCACCAGCACCAGCACCAGCACUCGGAUACCCUGUACACCCAAGUCAGCAAAGCCCGCAACGACAGGCCUCCAUCUGCAGACAGUAACCGGCUAGCCCCUAGCAACCACGACCGGAUACAGAGGCUGAGGCAGGAGUUCCAGCAGUCCCAGACCGUUCCAGACGACCCCGACGACCGCAGGAGGACCUACAGCUUCGAGCAGCCCUGGUCAAACACCAGCAGCAAUGGUCCGGGCGGGUACAACCAGCCGGGUCGCCACUCGGUGUCGGUCGAGGUUCAGAUGCAAAGACAGAGACAGGAGGAGAGGGACUCGUUCGCCCAGGCACAGCGACAGUACAGCUCACUUCCACGGCAACCCAGGAAGAACCCCAGCUCCAUCUCCCAGGACUCAUGGGAUAAGGCAUACCCACCUGGCGAGGGCUUCCAGACAGCAAAGGACAACCCCCGGUACUCCAGCUACCAGGGCUCCAGGAAUGGCUAUCCGGGCGGCGGUGGGGUCAACGCUCGAGUCCUUCUGGAGGCCCAGGAGCUCCUGAGGCAGGAGCAGAGACGCCGAGAACAGGAAGCCAAAGGGAAGUUAAUGCAGGAGAGCACCGGUAACAGCAGCUAUGAAGGGUACCCCACAGCGCACCUGAAGGACCCAGCCUCUCCCAAGGGUCCGUACCGCCACGAUGUGCCGCCUUCGCCUUCGCAGUUAGCAAGGCUUAAUAGAUUGGGUUCGGAGAAAGGAAGACUUUUUUAUUCUUGAGGAGUAUUGUUGGACUGAUGGAUGAAGAACUGAACAGAGAACUUUUGGAUCAGGAGCUAACCUUAAAGAAACAGCAUAAGUGGACGCUACAAAUCUUGAUAAAGGGACAACCUAGAGGUCUUAUAGCUUAGCGAUGAUCUUAGAGGUAAACAGUUGUGAAGUAUACUCAGUAUGUGGGUGUUUGUGUUCAAUCCCUCGCUGUGCUGAUGACCUAUACCAGUAGUCAGUCCCUCCUACAGACAUGAGACGCUCAGUGCCUUCUCUGCAUUCACGAACACGAUGCUUGUUCACAGUCGUCCAGGAAUCUGAUUCAUCAAGAUCUGGCACCGCCAUGUACUGACAAUCAAAUGGGCAGACAGGCAAGUGAGUGGGCGUUCUUUUGAGCCCACAGGGAGGCGUAAAAUUCUGCGUGUGGGUUUGUGUGUGGGCAUGUGACAAGGUACAUGUUUCACGAUCCAGUAUGUGUGUCGUGGCUUUACAAAGUGUCCU